CUAGUCUCUUACUACAAACAUCAAAACUUACAAAUCAAACAAAAUAUUUAUAAGUUCACUCACCAUCUCUGUUUCUUUCGUUCUCCAAUGGCCUCACUUCAACUCUCCUCUCACUUUCUUGGCACAAACACUAAGAAACACAGCUCCAUGUCCAUCUCUCGUACUUACUCUCCUGUCCCAUGCACCAGAUUAUUCUCCCGCAAGUUUAUGUCGUGUUCCAUGUCUAUGAAUGGAUGCGAAGGUGAUUUCAAGACGCCACUUGGUACAGUUGAGACGAGGACUAUGGCGGCAGUUUUAUCUCCAACAUCCGCCACUGAGAGUCUAAUCUCCGCCGUCUCCGAGCUUAAGUGUCAACCUCCGCCAUUUUCCUCCGGCGUCGUCCGCUUAGAGGUACCAAUCAACCAGCAAAUCAGAGCAAUCGAUUGGCUUCAAGCCCAGAACGAGACUCAUCCUCGCUGCUUCUUCUCUCGCCGUAGCGACGUUGGUCGUCCUGAUCUUCUUCUCGACUUAGCGAGCGAGAAGGAUAACAAUAACGGAGGCUCAUCAGAUCGUGAUCUGGUCAGCGUUGCUGGUAUCGGUUCAGCAGUGUUCUUCCGUGACCUUGACCCGUUCUCUCAUGAUGACUGGAGAUCCAUCAGAAGGUUUCUGUCGUCUACGUCACCUUUGAUUCGUGCCUAUGGUGGCAUGAGGUUUGAUCCUAACGGCAAGAUCUCUGUGGAGUGGAAACCUUUUGGUGCAUUCUACUUUGCAGUGCCUCAGGUUGAGUUUAAUGAGUUUGAGGGAAGCUCAAUGUUGGCUGCAACUCUUGCUUGGGACGAUGAACUCUCUUGGACUUUGGAUAAUGCCGUUGAAUCACUUCAAGAGACUAUGCUCCAGGUUUCUUCUAUUGUGAUGAAGUUGCGGAAGGAAUCUUUAGGAGUAUCUGUUCUUAGCAAGAACCAUGUUCCUACAAAAGGAGCGUAUUACCCUGCCGUAGAGAAGGCUUUGGAGAUGAUAAAUCAAAAGAGUUCAUCCCUUAACAAGGUUGUGCUUGCUCGCAACAGCAGAGUGAUAACAGAUACCGACAUUGAUCCCAUCGCAUGGCUUGCACAGUUACAGAGUGAAGGGCAUGAUGCGUAUCAGUUCUGUCUCCAGCCACCAGGUGCACCUGCUUUUAUCGGAAACACGCCUGAGAGACUUUUCCAAAGGAAUCAGUUAGGCGUCUGCAGUGAAGCUUUGGCUGCAACUAGGCCUCGAGGUGCUUCAACGGCUCGCGAUAAGGAGAUAGAGCUUGACUUACUAACCAGCCUGAAGGACGACCUUGAGUUCUCUAUUGUACGAGAGAACAUAAAAGAAAAGUUGAACUCUAUAUGUGACAAGGUAGUUGUUAAGCCCCAAAAAACUGUGAGGAAGCUUGCAAGAGUGCAGCACUUGUAUUCUCAAUUGGCAGGGAGGCUUAGGAGGGAAGAUGAUGAGUUUGACAUCUUGGCUGCUCUACAUCCAACUCCAGCUGUUUGUGGGCUUCCAGCUGAAGAAGCCAGGCUUUUAAUUAAGGAGAUAGAGUCAUUCGAUAGAGGAAUGUACGCGGGACCUAUUGGCUUUUUUGGUGGCCAGGAGAGUGAGUUUGCAGUUGGGAUCAGAUCAGCUCUAGUCGAAAAGGGUCUUGGAGCAUUGAUCUACGCAGGGACAGGGAUAGUAGCAGGAAGCAACCCAACCUCAGAGUGGAAUGAGCUUGAUCUAAAGAUAUCUCAGUUUACCAAGUCAAUUGAAUAUAAGUCAACAAGUCUACAGAGGAUUAAUUGAGGAAGAGUAACAACAACAACAACAACAACAUUUGUAUUUCAUUGUAUUAUUGUAUAGGAAUGGAGGUUACAGUCAAAAUCAGUGUGUUGUCAUUUGUCAAUGUAUCUUUGUAACUAGAAAGAAUAAUUUAUGUAAGUUAGUCUGUUUCUGAUUGUUAAUGGGUCUAGUCUCUCUUGGUUGUAACUAGGCUGAGGCCUUUAUGAUUGUUAAUUUGUUUCUAUCACUACUAAAGACCGUGUAUUAAUGGA